CAACCGCGCGCAGAUGUGGCAGGCAAUCUGUUCCACAUGAACGGCGGCUUCGACAUUCGAUUGCCAGAGAAGGCGGGUGCCAAGGCAGUGGAGUGGGCACGGCGGGCAACCGAAGCUCGGGAGAGAGCGUUGGCGGAGGCAGACGAGUUCGGUGACAUGAUCAUUGGCGACUACGUGGAUACCUACGUGAACCUGACCUACAAGCUCAUAGCGAGCCAUCGAUGGGCUUCUGCAUUUUGCCAAGGAAAAUCUGACGUCUUUCUAUUCAUCGAUGACGACCACGAGUUCAACGCGAAGAAUGUGCUCAAUUACCUGGGUCGUCUGACGAGGUCGGAUCGCCGCCAGCUGCUUAGUGGACCCCUAAUGAUUCGGUCAAGUGUGAUUCAUCCGUUGGAGGAUGCCAGUCGAAAUAAGUGGGCUGUGACCCGAUAUGAGGUUCCGUGGUCGCAGUACCCACCGUACGUAAAGGGAGCAGCGACGUUUGUCGGUGCAGAUAUACUCACGGAGCUGGUCGUAGCCGAAGCCUACACGCGCUUUCUGUGGGUGGAUGAUGUAUUCAUGGGCUUUGCCGCAGCUAAAUUGCCGCAUCUGCAUUUCCAAAGCAUGAAGGGCUUCUACCUCGAAUCCACCAAUAACCAGAAGGCUCUCGUAGCACAUUCACCCAUCGUAUUCUCAUUGGAUUGGCUUGUGGACAAUCUCGUCGAGUACACUAGACAAGCACUGCAGCCGUGGGUGAUGGUGGAGAGAGGUUCGGUCUAG